UGUGUCCGGUGAAACAGUGACUCUUGUUCAGGGGGCGGAACUGAAGCAGCACUCAGUUGCAGUCGGAGGUAUUUCCCCGGUGGACUGGAGCUUCCGGUGCAUGACGAGCUAGCGGAAGGUGAAAGUGUUCGUGUUCGAGUCCGUGUUUGAAUCUCUCGCGUCGUUCGGACCUUUCCCUCGGACACGUGAGCAGAGGACGAGUCUUCAGAGCCGGACACGAUGCUUCGCUCGUAUUUCACCCGCAGCGGGAAACUGUCCGUUCUAAUCAAGCUAACGUGCUAGCGUUAGCAUUGAGCUAACCGGCUAGCCCGUUCAGCUGGUGCUCAGCGUCCGGAGACAGACCCUCAGGACCCGGACUCAGCGCCGCAGGUCCCCCCUCCACCCGCCGGCUCCUCAGCGUUUCUCUCGCGGCUGUCAGGGCAGCACAUCCCCGUUUCAUGUGAGCUCGGGGUCGGUGUCGACAGUUUAAUGGGAGGCGGGUUGUUUUGGAGGAGUGGACACUGCGGCCGUCAGCUGCGAGGAAAGCGGGGCUCCGGGCUCCCCGCCCCGCUCACAUGGAGUCUCUGGCCGAUUACGUGUACAAGGCAGCCAGCGAGGGUCGAGUCCUGACCCUGGCCGCGCUGCUGCUCAACCACUCCGAGGCGGAGACCCGCUUCCUGCUCGGCUACGUGACCCAGGUGUCCGGACAGAGAUCCACCCCCCUCAUCAUCGCUGCCCGGAACGGACACGACAAAGUGGUCCGGCUGCUCCUGGACCACUACCGGGUGGACACGGAGCAGACCGGCACGGUUCGGUUUGACGGCUACGUCAUAGAUGGAGCUACAGCUCUGUGGUGUGCGUCCGGAGCCGGACAUUUUGAUGUGGUGCGCCUGCUGGUGACUCACCAGGCUAACGUCAACCACACCACCAUCACUAACUCCACCCCGCUGCGGGCCGCCUGCUUCGAUGGCCGUCUGGACAUCGUCCGGUACCUGGUGGAACACAAUGCGGACAUCAGCAUCACUAACAAGUACAACAACACCUGCCUGAUGAUCGCCUCCUACAAAGGGCACGCGGACGUAGUCAAAUUCCUGCUGGAGCAAGGGGCAAACCCAAACGCUAAGGCGCACUGCGGCGCCACCGCCCUGCACUUUGCAGCAGAGGCGGGACAUCUGGACAUAGUGAAAGAGCUGGUGCGCUGCCAGGCAGCCAUGGUGGUGAACGGACAUGGCAUGACGCCGCUGAAGGUCGCUGCAGAAAGCUGUAAAGCUGAUGUUGUGGAGCUGCUGCUGGCGCACGCCGACUGUGACCCCAGCAGCCGCAUCGAGGCCCUGGAGCUGCUGGGCGCCUCGUUCGCCAAUGACAGGGAGAACUACGACAUCCAGAAGACGUACCACUACCUGCACACGGCCAUGAUGCAGCGGUACCACAACCCAGAAAACAUUAUCGCCAAAGAGCUGUUGCCACCCAUCGAGGCCUACGGGGGGCGUAGCGAGUGCCAGACGCCACGAGACCUGGAGACCAUCAGGGUGGACCGGGACGCCCUGCACAUGGAGGGGCUGAUGAUCCGGGAGCGAAUCCUGGGCUCGGACAAUAUUGACGUGUCACACCCCAUCAUCUACCGCGGCGCUGUGUACGCUGACAACAUGGAGUUUGACCAGUGCAUCAAACUGUGGCUUCAUGCGCUUCGCCUGCGGCAGAAAGGAAACCGCAACACACACAAGGACCUGCUGCGCUUCGCCCAGGUCUUCUCCCAGAUGGUGCACCUGAAGGAGCAGGUGACGGCCUCAGGCGUGGAGCAGGUGUUGAGCUGUAGCGUGUUGGAGAUUCAGCGCAGCAUGACUCGAGUGGAGGCGGCGGCCGAGUCGGAGCUGCCGCAGGCCCUGGACAAUUACGAGUCAAAUGUUUUCACCUUCCUGUACCUGGCCUGCAUCUCCACCAAAACCAGCUGCAGCGACGCCGAGCGCGCCCACAUCAACAAGCACAUCUACAACCUGAUCCAGCUGGACCCGCGGUCACGAGAGGGCUCCUCGCUGCUGCACCUCGCCAUCAGCUCCACCACGCCGGUCGACGACUUCCACACCAACGACGUCUGCAGCUUCCCCAACGCCCAGGUCACCAAGCUGCUGCUGGACUGCGGCGCACAGGUCAACGCCAUUGACCACGAGGGCAACACCCCGCUCCAUGUUAUUGUCCAGUACAACCGGCCAAUCAGCGACUUCCUCACGCUUCACGCCAUUAUCAUCAACCUGGUGGAGGCUGGCGCGCACACAGACAUGACCAACAAGCAGAAGAAGACGCCGCUGGACAAGAGCACCACGGGCGUCUCGGAGAUCCUGCUGAAAACGCAGAUGAAGAUGAGCCUCAAGUGCCUGGCGGCGCGCGCCGUCCGGCAGCACCAGAUCACGUACCGCAACCAGAUCCCCAAGACGCUGGAGGAGUUCGUGGAGUUCCAUUGAAACCGAACAGACGCUUUGUGCUUUUUAAAGAGUUUAUAAUUUUCUAACGAAUCCAAACGGUGCUGAGGACGAUGGUUCAGUGCUAAAAGUUUUUGAGCAUUUUUAUAAAUUAAAAAAAGUAGUUUUUUCUAUUUUAAGUAUUAAUUGCUAAAUACCAGCAGCCACAGUUUGUUCUGCCUGCGUCUCUGCAGCUCUCUGAAGGAACAGACCGGCGGCGGCGAGCGCAGGCGGAGGACAGCGCCACGUUUGUUUUGCCUUAUUUCCGUGGCGACGCUGACUCUGAGCGUGAAGUGUGUAGGAGACACGAUGAGACGUAAUGAAUGAAUGAGCCAAGAGACGACCGACCUCAGCUGCUUCCUGUAUCACGUGAUUUAUUUUAAUAUGAAGAGUUUUGUCACGUGGAUUAAACUGAUCAGGUUUUUACUUCGUUCUAUUUUAAAAGGUUGUUUUAAAGGGUUAGUUUGGGAACAUUUAUGGGUGAAAAUAUUUUUCUCUCUUGGUUUGUUUAAAUUAUCUAUGUGGCCUAAAGUAUGUGUAGCCCCCCCCCUCACUGGUUUCACGUGUGUUGCAGUUUGAAAGGAAGCAGUGUCGUCAUCACAGGCUCAGUGUGUCUGGAAUCAAAUCAUCUGACGUGUUGUUAAUCAUCAUGUGACCUGUCGGACGCGUGUUUGGAGCGUGUCCAGUUUAAACUGGUUCGGUUUUCAAAGCCAGUGACUUCAAGGUUAAAUCUUUGUGGUUUGAAGAAACUGGAUUUUAAACCCAUGGUUCAGUGUUUUUUCUCGGGGCUGUGCUCAUGUCCACAUACUUUUGGCCAUAACGAUUCCCCGUGAUUUAUAAAUUGUGAACCAGAUCUUUCCAGAACAUUGUGCCUGUAGAUCGAAGACUUUAAAUAAAGAUGGACGACAUGGACGCUCUUGUGGUGAUGUCUCCAAGUAACUGAUUCAAACCAAACUGAUCAGAAACAUCAGUGAGAGAAGAACGACCUGAAACGACAGAAACAUCUUUACAAACAUUGAUUUAACGUCUACUUUGAUUUUAAAUUUGGUCCAUGUCCCAACUGCUAACAUGGAGGAGGUGUAUGACCAGUACUGCAGCCAGCCACUAGGGGCUGAUCAAGAUGAUUUGGCUUCACUUCUAGGGAGCUGUCAUGUCGUCCAUCUUUAUUUAGUCUAUGCUGAAGAUCUUUGUAAACUGAGGGAUGUUUUUAUUUUUUAAUUUAUCGUUGAAGUCGUAGAAGUCACAUGGUUUACAUGUCCCCUGUUCUGCUGGAGCUUUAUCCUCAGCUUGGUUUUCUUCACUUUUUCUGUAAAUCAAAUAUGAAGAGGUUUUUGGUGUCUGGGUCCUGGUCCCUCAGGGUCUGGGUCCCUUAGUGUCCUGGUCCCUCAGGGUCCGGGUCCCUUAGUGUCCGGGUCCCUCAGGGUCCUGAACCCUCAGGGUCCGGGUCCCUUAGUGUCCUGGUCCCUCAGGGUCCUGGUCUCUUAGGCUCUGGUCCCUCAGGGUCCGGGUCCCUUAGUGUCCUGUUCCCUCAGGGUCCGGGUCCCUUAGUGUCCUGGUCCCUCAGGGUCCUGGUCUCUUAGGCUCUGGUCCUCAGGGUCCGGGUCCCUCAGGGUCCUGAACCCUCAGGGUCCGGGUCCCUUAGUGUCCUGUUCCCUCAGGGUCCGGGUCCCUUAGUGUCCUGUUCCCUCAGGGUCCUGGUCUCUUAGGCUCUGGUCCCUCAGGGUCCGGGUCCCUUAGUGUCCUGUUCCCUCAGGGUCCUGGUCUCUUAGGCUCUGGUCCUCGGGUCUGGGUCCCUUAGUGUCCUGUUCCCUCAGGGUCCUGGUCUCUUAGGCUCUGGUCCCUCAGGGUCCGGGCCCGGCUGCCAAAGGUCUUAGUGUCUGCCUGUCUAAACCUUGAGAUUGGUGCUUGAUAACAAUUUACAAAUCCCUCUUUGCUUCAGAAUGCUAACAUAGGAGCUGCUGCUGUUUCUGUGAAUGAGUCUUGGGGCAUAAAGCAUGAGUUUUACUAUCAA